AUGGAAGUGGAAACAAUAUCAAUUGUUAUUUUCAUCCUUGGAGGGUUUAUCCUUUUAUUCGGAUUGACUUCUCUAGUCAUUAAAGAAAGAUUGUAUAUAUCAGAAGCAUCUGUUGCUAUUGCGUGUGGUAUUAUCUUUGGUCCUCUUUGUGCUAAUUUCAUCAAUGUCGAAUCUUGGGGAGAUGAAGAUAUGAUUACCAAACAAUUUUGUCGAAUUGUUAUUGGUAUUCAAGUCAUGGCAGUAGGCGUUGCUCUUCCUAAAGCUUAUUUGCGUAAAGAGAUUGUAUCACUCGCGAUGCUACUUUUGCCUAUCAUGAUUUAUAUGUGGCUCAUGAGUGGUUUGCUUGUAUGGGGAUUGAUUCCUGGUGUUAAUUUUCUUGAAUCACUCAUGAUUGCUGCUUGCUUUACCCCUACAGAUCCUGUUCUAGCAAAUUCAGUUGUGCAAGGUAAAUUUGCAGAAAAGAAAGUACCUGCCCAUGUUCGUAAUCUCAUUUCUUGUGAAAGUGGCGCCAAUGAUGGUCUUGGUUAUCCCUUCUUAUUCUUGGCUAUCUAUUUACUUCAAAUGAACACGGGAGCUGCUAUUGGCAAAUGGGCCUAUUGGAUUAUGGCUUAUAAUAUUCUUUUAUCUUUUGUCAUUGGAUUUGUUGUGGGCUAUGUUGCAAGAAAACUCUUGAAAUUUGCUGAGCAAAGGAAACUGAUUGAUAAGGAAUCAUUCCUUGUGUUUGCUGUAGCAUUAGCAUUGUUUCUUAUGGGAGGUGUUGGUCUGAUUGGUAGCGAUGAUCUUUUUGCUUGCUUUAUUGCUGGCAAUUCUUUUACUUGGAAUGAUUGGUUCCGAGUAGAGACUGAGCAAGCACAUUUGAUGGAACCCUGGUCUUCAUUUUCUGAUGCAGCUAUUCAAAUUACUGCUUGGCGACUUGUUGUCUUGGCCAUCCUGGUCCUGUUGCUUCGUCGACUUCCUAUCGUUCUCACACUGUAUAAAUACAUCCCUGCCAUUCGUAACUGGCGUGAAGCUCUCUUUACUGGCUGGUUUGGUCCUAUUGGCGUAGGCGCCAUUUUUUACUAUCAAGUAGCUAUAGAAAGUGUACCCGAAGAUGGUCCUAAUGGACAUGCACGUGCAGUAAUGUUGCCGGUUGUUUACUUUCUUGUACUCUCGUCUGUGAUUGUACACGGUAUCACAGUGCCUUUGUUCCAUAUUGGUACAUUUGCUAAACGCACCUUGACACGUACUAGUGAAAAGAGUCAGCUUCGAUUGCCUGUUUACAAACCCCUAUCAACGACCCAACCAAAGUUGAUAUGA